UCUUCACAUCUAUAACCUUUUCUAUCUUUUUACCUGUUCCAGUCUGGACAAUCGCUCCCAAACAUUGAAUCAUUAAAAGGUGUUUCUGCUAACUAAUUUCGAACUUCACGUUUGUUAAAGAGUAUACCGAUUCGGGCGAACCGAUAUCUAAGGUGCGACCCGUCGAUCCGUCAAGUGGCCCGUUCAGGGUCAAGGACCAAAUUAAGUGUUUUGGGCAUAUAUAUAUUGCAUAAAUAUAUAUAUUUUUGUGAUGGACGUUGAAGGAGGUGUUUUGAUGCAACGUUACGAGCUAGGGAGAUUAUUGGGGCACGGUAAUUUCGCAAAAGUAUACUACGGUCGGAACCUUGAGACAGGGGUAAGUGUCGCGAUUAAAGUCAUUGACAAAAAAAAGGUUAUAAAAGCCGGUAUGAUGGAUCAUAUCAAAAGAGAGAUCUCGGUGAUGAAAUUAGUCAAACACCCGAAUGUCGUUGAGCUCUAUGAAGUCAUGGCGAGUAAAACAAAGAUUUACUUCAUUUUAGAAUACGUGAAAGGGGGUGAGCUUUUUGAUAAGGUAGCAAAAGGGAAGUUAAAAGAAGAUGUUGCAAGAAAUUAUUUCCAACAACUUAUUUUUGCAGUUAAUUAUUGUCAUAGUCGUGGAGUUUAUCAUAGAGAUUUGAAACUCGAGAAUUUGUUGUUAGAUGAGGAAGGUAAUUUGAAGGUUUCGGAUUUUGGAUUGAGUGCUUUGGCCGAAACAAAGAGGCAAGAUGGUUUGCUUUACACGAGUUGUGGUACGCCUUCGUAUGUUGCUCCUGAAAUAAUAGGCCAAAAAGGAUAUGAUGGUGCAAAAGCCGAUAUUUGGUCUUGUGGGGUGGUUUUGUUUGUGCUUAUGGCUGGCUUUCUUCCAUUUCAUGAUUCGAAUUUAAUGGAGAUGUAUAGAAAGAUUGCGAGUGGCAAAUUUAAGUUUCCAAAAGCGUUCCCUAACGAAGCCAAAGGCUUAGUGUCUGAGAUCUUGGAUCCAAACCCGUUUACCAGGAUUUCCAUUGCAGAUAUAAUGGAAAACUCAUGGUUUAAAACGGGUUUGGAAUCUGAUCCACAAACACCUGACAAAAUGGUUUCUUUUAGGAUGGGUACCCAAUUUCCGACUUCAGAAGAACCACAAGGUUUUCAGAAGGCCGAUAUUUUAAACGCAUUUCAUAUCAUAUCAAUGUCACGAGGAUUGAACUUGUCCAGAUUAUUUAAAAACAAAUUUAAAGAUGAAAAAGAAACAAGAUUCAUGUUGAAGCAACAGGUCUCACAAGUUAUCCUGAAACUCGAAGAAAUGGCUAAGAGUUUAAACUUUAAAGUGAUAAAAAACAAUGGAGUGUUGCUAAGGAUGGAAGGAUCAACACAAGGCAAGAAUGGUGUUGUAGCCAUUGAUUUCGAAAUAUUUGAAAUCUUGCCUAAUGUUCAUCUAACUGAAGCGAAGCGAGUGGGUGGUGAUCUAGCCGAGUUUCGAGAGAUCAUGAACGCCCAUAUAAGACCGGUCCUUACGGAGGUAUUAUGAUGUUCAGGCGAGAAGUAAGAGCAAGAUCAAAGAUUUAUAUAUAAUAUUCACAAAGAUUUAUUCAUUUGUACAGAUUUUAUAUGUAGUCAUGCAUAGAAAUAGAAACUGAUUUGUUCAUGUAUACGUCAAUACAAUUGAAAUUUAAUUUUUAAUAGUUUAAGUGGUGAAAAAUGGGAACGAAUUGUUCCCAAUGAAUAGUUAUAUCUACGUGUUUUGUACUUGGUAUGUAUCUAUGAUUUUCCCUAAAAAUAAUAAGUAUUAUAAAACAA